CGGGGCAGGGGGCGGGCGGUCCCUGAGGCGCAGCGGGCGGGGAGGGCCCGGCCGCCCCUCAGCCCCCUCAGCCCCCUCAGCCCCCUGAGCCGAGCGCGGGCCCCGCCGACCGGGGAUGCGCCUGGACCGGCGGUUGUUGCUGACAGCGAAGGCCUCCCUCUCAAAGCUGUUUAAAUGAGAAUGUCCCUGGCGCAAAGAGUACUGCUGACAUGGCUUUUUACGUUACUCUUCCUCAUCAUGCUGGUGCUGAAGUUGGAUGAGAAAGCCCCGUGGAACUGGUUCCUCAUUUUCAUUCCAGUGUGGAUAUUCGAUACAAUUCUCCUAGUGAUGUUAAUUGUAAAAAUGGCUGGACGGUGCAAGUCCGGCUUUGACCCUCGGAACGGCUCCCAGAACAUGAAGAAGAAAGCCUGGUACCUCAUCGCAAUGCUCCUGAAAUUGGCCUUCUGCCUCGCCCUCUGCGCCAAACUGCAGCGAUUCACCGCCAUGAAACUGGCCUACGUGUUCAUCCCACUGUGGGCCCUGCUUAUUGGCGGGAUGGUGGAACUGGGAUACAAUAUCUUCUACGUACGAAGAGACUGAGUUCUGCCAGGUGGUUUUCAGCCCCGUGAUUGGCACCAAAUUACUAGAAUAUUACCAUUUUGCCACGAAUUUGAUCUUCAAACAAGAAAGCCAAAUAAGAAAUGAGUCAAGCUGGAGACUUUAUCUAGAGCAGGCUGAAGACUGGAAGUAGACUUGUUCCAUUUUUUUAUUUUAAAACUGUCACAUAUGCCCUUGUAAAUAAAAGUAUUUGUUCAACAUAA